AAAGCAGUCAUCGAAGGUGUGUGACCAGUGUAGUCACUAACCCGCGGCCUCAACACUUAAAACUGUUUGUAUAUGGAACGGGAGGAUUUAAAGGGAGCGUACUCUUUCAUGAAAGAGAGGACUGGCCAUGUUGUGGACGAAAUGGAGAGCUGCACGCUGUCACUGACGGCUUUAGACGAUCUUCUAAGAACAAAUGCUGGCGUUGAGGCUUGUACAGAGCCGCGAGAAUUGAAGGAGCUUGUAGAAUCGGCACGAGGAAAUGCGUUGAAGAUUAUAUCUGACGCAAAGAGCAAAGAGAAGGCCGAUUUGUUGGACGCAAAGCAUCUGCAUGAUGAUAUGCUGGACGUUAUCAAAGUGGCAACCUUGAUUAAAAUGGAAAAGGCGUGCCAGUCAAUCGCAGAGGAAGCGCGGACGGAUGUUGUCAAACAAGAAUUUGAAAUGAAGUACGUCCAAACUGUCACAGAACCAAAUGAAAAUGCCUUGUCCUUGGAGUCUUUCGAGGCUUUGGAGCGAAAGCUGGAGACAUCCAAACUUGCAUUGGACUCAGAAAUCAGCCUGCGUCGCUCUCUAGAAGACAAAAUGAAGAAAACAGCAGAACAUAUACGCUCUAUGGAGCUAGCCUAUCAGGAGAUGGUGUUGUCGAAUCAGGCUCUUAGAUCUGAAGCCGAGAGCGCGAAGCUGAAUCUUCAGUCAACUACUUCGAGCGUGAGCUUGCUGAAGUUUGAACUACAAGAGGAAAAGAAAGCUCACGGGCAGACGAUGUGCUCCUUGUCCGCUCUGAAGACGGACAGAAUGAACGACAUGGACAGACACAGUAGGAGCAUAGACGACCUCACAAAGCAUUUCGUGCAUACUCUCGAAGAAGAGAAGGCUGCUCAUGCGAAAACGCAAGCUCAUCUGUUACAAACCUUGGAGGCACUGAAGCAACAAGCAGAAGCGGCUGAAGAACAUGAGAAAACGUUUAAGAGUGAGACAGGUCGACAGCUACAGAACUACAGGAACCAGAUCAGCACGGUCAUCAGAGAAUUUCAGGAUACUGUCGCGGUUUGUUUUGUCGGCAUUGAAUCUGUUGAGAAGCUGCUCGCAAGUGAAGCCCCGGAGAUACCCAGUCAAGGAACAAGCGACACCGGAGCGUUCUGGAAGGCAUUAGAAGUCUUGCUGGAGGCUUUGCAUGGCAUCAUCCGUGAGGGUGACGAGACGCUACUGGAGCCGAUUAAAACCAUCAAACAUAUUGCUGAAGAAAAGACUGCUGGAAUGGUGGAACGGGCGUCAAAACUCGUCCCUCAACUCCGUCAAAGAGCCGAGGAGUGCGAGCAGUGCAUGAACUCAAUGAAGAACUCGCUAACGAAAGUGCAAGAACAAGCUGCCGUCUCAGCUCUGAGCCUCAAGUCUUUGACAAGGCAACUUUGGAGUUCUUGGUACUCUUCUGCAAACUUUGCGAGAUCCUUGCAUGGAAUAGUCACGGAAACUGUCAAGGGUGCUUUAGAGCUUCGCAAACUAAUUGACGAAGACACAAAACAAAACAACAACCAGUCUCUUAGAUACUCGAAGCUGCUCCGGGGACUGGAAGAAGCGAAGUCUAGACUUGAGCUACAGAUGGACAUGUGUUCAGCUCUCGGCCAAACCUUGUCGAAGCUUUUUCUGGAGAUUGCAGGCAGACAAAUGCGUGAACACGAAAAUGAGGCUCCGGAAACAAAGUGUGGCGAUGAUCGCAGUCCUUUUACCGGGCUUGGGGCUGAUAGUUUUAUAAAAGACCUGGCUAAGUCACUUGAAGCAGAAGAAGUCUCAGUGAAGGAGAGGCUAGACCUGGAACUUGAGAUGACGAAGCUCAAGUCCAAGCUCAAGUCGGAGCAAGUUGCGAGAAUAUGGAGGGACAAAUACAUCCGUGAGUUUGUCAACAAGUAUAAUGCUCAUUUUGACGGCUCUUUGCUGGUUUCAAAGGAGGUGCAAACUGUAGGCCCGAUGAUGUUUGCACUGCGACCUGAGCUACAAAACGACGCUGCUGCCUCGGAGUUUCAAACGUACUGGGCAGAUCUUCUUGAGCAGGCGAAGAAAGUGUCGCCUCUUCCGCGAAGAGUAGUGAAGCAAACAAUUGCGGACAUCUAUUCUUCCAGAAUCAAGUACGUGAGAACAGCCACCGAGAUGCCAGCAUACCUCGACAUCUACUUCCACAGCCAUUGCGAACAUAUCCUCGAGUUCAUGUCUUCCAUUCUCAAGCACAAAGACAUCCCAGAGAUCCAAAGAUUUGGAAAGCUUGCUGGAAUAAUCAGCAGAGACUAUGGGAAGAGAAACGACCACAAGUUCAAAGUAACAGCAGCAAAGCCGGAAUUUCUGUAACAAUCUCUAUCGCCAUCAAAAUCCUCUGCAAAUCAGUUGUAAGUUUCAUCGUUCUUAGCUUUCGGUGGCACCGCUGUCAAGGGAUUGUCAAGGAGGGAAGCUUGAGACAUCCAUCUAAACAGGCGAAGAAACCAGCGCAUUUCUUAUUCCUUUAUACGCAAUACAAAUUCUUACUUGUAAUCA